CCCCCGCCCGCCCCGCCGCGCCCCACCAGCCGCCGGCGGAGGGGCGGACGAAGGCGCUGCCGCGCCCAGCAGCCGCCGCCGGAGCCCGGCAGCGCUCAGCGAUGUCCGCCAAAGAAGGGAGUAAGGUGCUGCUGCUCACGCCCCACGCCACCAGUGAACGCGCCGUCAAGGCUGUCCCUUUUCCACCAACGCAUCGCUUGACAUCUGAAGAAGUGUUUGACACAGAUGGAAGGCCGAGGGUUGACAUUUUGAAGAACCACUUGAUAAAGGAAGGUCGAGUGGAUGAAGAAAUUGCACUUAGAAUCAUCAAUGAGGGUGCUGCAAUAUUACGGAGGGAAAAAACUAUGAUAGAAGUUGAAGCUCCAAUUACAGUGUGUGGUGAUAUUCAUGGCCAGUUCUUUGAUCUAAUGAAGCUGUUUGAAGUGGGAGGAUCACCUGCUAACACAAGAUACCUCUUCCUCGGUGACUAUGUAGACAGAGGUUAUUUUAGUAUAGAGUGCGUGCUGUACUUAUGGGUCCUGAAAAUUCUUUACCCAAGCACAUUGUUUCUUUUGAGAGGCAACCAUGAAUGCAGACACCUUACAGAGUAUUUUACCUUUAAGCAAGAAUGUAAAAUAAAGUACUCUGAAAGAGUCUAUGAUGCUUGCAUGGAAGCUUUUGAUUGUCUCCCUCUUGCUGCUCUCUUAAAUCAACAGUUUCUUUGUGUUCAUGGUGGACUUUCACCAGAAAUUAAUACACUAGAUGACAUUAGGAGAUUAGAUAGAUUCAAAGAGCCUCCAGCAUUUGGACCAAUGUGUGACUUAUUGUGGUCAGAUCCUUCAGAAGAUUUUGGAAAUGAAAAUUCACCAGAGCAUUUCAGUCAUAACACAGUCAGAGGAUGCUCCUACUUUUAUAGCUAUCCAGCAGUUUGUGAAUUUUUGCAAAAUAAUAAUUUGUUGUCAAUCAUUAGAGCACAUGAAGCACAAGAUGCGGGUUAUAGAAUGUACAGGAAAAGUCAAACUACAGGGUUCCCAUCUUUAAUAACAAUUUUUUCAGCACCUAAUUACCUGGAUGUCUACAAUAAUAAAGCUGCUGUAUUAAAAUAUGAAAACAAUGUGAUGAAUAUUCGUCAGUUCAAUUGUUCUCCUCAUCCUUACUGGCUGCCAAAUUUUAUGGAUGUUUUCACAUGGUCUUUGCCAUUUGUUGGAGAAAAAGUAACAGAAAUGUUGGUGAAUGUUUUGAGCAUUUGCUCUGAUGAUGAGCUGAUGACAGAGGGAGAAGAUCAAUUUGACGUAGGUACAGCUGCUGCGCGAAAAGAAAUAAUCAGAAAUAAAAUUCGUGCAAUUGGCAAGAUGGCAAGAGUCUUCUCUGUUCUCAGGGAGGAGAGUGAAAGUGUGCUGACACUCAAGGGUUUGACUCCCACUGGAAUGUUACCUAGUGGAGUGUUGGCUGGAGGACGACAGACCCUGCAAAGUGCCACUGUAGAGGCAAUUGAGGCUGAAAAAGCAAUACGAGGAUUCUCUCCGCAACAUAGAAUCUGCAGUUUUGAAGAAGCAAAAGGUUUGGAUAGGAUCAAUGAGAGAAUGCCACCAAGAAAAGAUGCUCUUCAGCAAGAUGGUAUUAAUACUGUAAACACAGCAAAUGCCAAUGGAAACAAUGGAACUGGCAACAACAAUGCACAGUGACCACAUCAGCUUCUGGUUUACUCACUCAUGUCCUGCCUGAGAAUUCCUAGAUCACUGCUUUUUGAUGUGACAACAAAUGAAAUAGGGGGAUCACUUGAAGUGACUACUUAACACAAGGUGGAAAACCAUCUGACUUGAUCCCCCUGAAGAGUGACCAUCAUGCUUUUGAGACAACAGCCCCUCUCUUACACGGUGACCCAACCUCCUGGGAGCGUGUGCCUCACCCUUUCACACAAACAUCCAUCACUGGCUGCUGCAGCUUUGGAAGAGAUCUGGGGAAAGGAUCGGACUGUUCUCACUAAAGCACACCUAGGCUAGCAUCUUACGCUUACGUUGUCAACACUUUUAAGUUUACAAAUGGGAUUUUUCUUUCAGUAGAGAUGCAUUCUAAUUGGAAAUUCUUCUCAGAGUUUGAGUCCAGAAGAUCAAGUUAAAAAUGGUGGAGUUUGGAGCCGUCUCUAAUUCUUAUAUUGUUUGGGAGAAGAAAUUUCCUUACUCCCAGAAAACUGUUUAAUUCCUAAAGGAUAAGGAGGGGAGGAAGAACAUAUAACUUACCAAUAGUCUUCAAACCACGUUCCACAUUUCCAGAAAAUUCUCGAUCAAUGCUGCUUAAUAAAUCACGAUUAGCAAUCUACAAAUAAAUGAGAUUAAUAUGUGGAUGAUGAAAUGCAGUAGCAAAUGGAACCUUAAUUUAAAAUACAUUGACCAAGCUUAUUUGAAAUCAGUGAAGACCUCCUACCCUGGAGUAUGCCUCAACUGUUGCUUUCAGCUGGGGAAAACUUCUGCUUGCCAGAACCAUAUUAAAGCAAGAUUCAUCAGUCCCAAGUUUUCCUUCACCAGCUUGGUACAGACGCUGAGCAUCUUCUUGAGCUUUUUGAUAAUCCACAGUUUGAUUCUCAUCACGAUUACCCUUAAUGCAAAGACAACAGAUUUCAAAUGAAAUUUCAGAGAGAAAGCUAUGCUUUAACUGCUUGCACUGUACAUAGACCCCAAGCAUAUAUCUUCAAAGCUUGAAGCAGAAAGAGAAGUAGUUUGAAAUACAUUACAUUGCUUUAAAACUUCUCUUUGGUUUAAUAUUCUUUAUGGGAAAUAAAUACAAAAGUGGCUCAGAACCCUAUCUGUAGGACAUGCUUUAAACUGCAGAUACACUGACUCAGAUUACUUCACCCCUACAAACCAUGUCAUAGUUCUAAUUAAGUACUGUACUUAAUUCUCUAUUUUACUUAAUAAUGUAAGCUUUCUCUUGAUUUGUUUGUUUCUAGGCUUCAAGUUGCAAAGAUUCUUCCCAAAUGAACUAAUGAAUUAUCUUACUGAAUAUGCACACCUGAAAUAUCUCAGGUUUCCCACCUAUUUUAUUUAGAAGUUGCUUAUUUCAAGUAAGAAUGUCUUUAGAAACCACUUACUACACUUGUGUCAGUAGGGCUUAUAUGACAUUUUAUGUGCUUUGGUGGUUGUUUUAGCAUUUUGCUGCCCAGUGCAUGGAUGGACACUGCUAAACAUACUGGCUGAGUAGGCUGAAUGCAGUUCUGUUGUAUUCAAUCUCUCCAAUACUGUUGUAUCUAUAGAGGUUAAUAUACUAUUUAAAUGAUGUGGUUGUCAGUUAUUGUAAACUACUGGAUUUGUCAAAAUAAAAAUUAGCAGCAUGAGCUUCUCCA